AUGUUCGGACUUUUGGCGUGGAGUCUCCUUUGCCUUAUGCCUGGCAUUGCGUCAAGCUUUCCUGACGAUGCACCAAAAGUAGAAUUGGCCUUGUAUUACGAGAGUUUGUGUCCUGACUGCCAAUUAUUCAUCAGACAGCAGCUUUAUCCAACGUACCUCAAGGUCAGCGAUAUAAUAAACCUGACACUUGUCCCGUAUGGAAAUGCUGAGGAAAGAAAGAUUGGAGACAAGUGGGUUUUUCAGUGCCAACACGGGCCAAAAGAGUGCGAGGGGAAUCUCAUUGAGACUUGCGCCAUUUCGCUCCUCAAGGACAUUUCGGCAUCGCUACCUUUUGUUUAUUGCUUUGAGAAGAAUAUCGAGGGUUCUGAAGAACCUACAACAGUGGCCCAGAGCUGCGCCAAGUCUCUGAAAAUUGACUAUGAUUCAAUCGAAGCUUGCGUGAGUGGUCCUUUGGGGAACGAACUGGAACACAAGAUGGCCGCGAUGACAGAUGCGUUAGAACCACAGCACCAGUACGUUCCGUGGGUGACCGUAAAUGGAAAGCACACUGAAAAGAUUCAGAAUAUGGCCCAAAGAAAUUUGCUGAAGCUUGUCUGUGAAUACUACACUGGACCAAAGCCAAAGGAUUGUGAAAAGCAAGAGUUUGGCCGAUGUUACAAAAAGGUUUUUCCUCUAAUCGAGUUAAAAAAGGCACUGCGGGUUGCGGCUCCAGUGAGUGAGCUGCAUUGACGACAUUAUAUUAUUGUCAGCAACGCACCUAUGUAACUUUGUAUUGAGGCUACUAAAUGAAUUGAAAUGAGUCUAAUCAAUUGUCGUUCACUUUUUCAUUGAAUGCGGAAACCCCCCACAAACAGAAAUGACUCAGCACAUGCCUUUAAGUCUUCCAAAGUUCUCUGUUCUAGAAAUAUUUCCUUUAUCUGACCGGGUUUUUUUUUUUAAUUGAGAAAUAACAGCCACUUCUUGAGGAAUUGAAUGACUUUCCUGUAAUCGGAUCCUAGCAAAGGCCGGGGAUCAAACAUGGCAAGUUACCAAAGGAAGUUUGAUUGUCUGAAAAAGUUUUCGAAUUUCGAAAGGACAUUCAAUCUCAAAAAUAUUUUCGUUAGUGUUCAGUUUAUUAACACCGGUUUAUUUCGAACAAUUUCUUGUUAAUCUAUUAUUAUAACGUAAUGAGAUCGUUUAUCGUUAUGUGAAAUCGUUUACACAUCAAAAUGAUCUGUACGCAAAAUCACUCCAAUAAAUGUUCAAUCGAACCUUCGCUGAAGUUCAUUCUAAAUAAAUAUGGCCAAAGGUUGUUUCAACGGGAGGAAAAAGGGUUUUGGAGAGAGAAAAACGCUUAUUCGCUGCUGUCUCAUCAGAAAUGGAUUUAGGAUUUAGAUUUGAUACGAGGGAAGUGUAAAGAAGGUUUAUUGUACAAUCGUCUUUGUCUCGACACGUUACAUAACUAGCUAUCUAAUAUCUCUCGAAACAACAAUGCCUAAAUCCGUUUCUCAAAAAUCUCUCCAAAAUUGUCUUUGGGACGUGGAACCAACCUUUUGCCAUAUACAGUUUUAUAUGUUUCCUUCCAGCCACUUGCAAUGUUGGACCCCUGGCGAUCCCAGAAAGCUCUGCGCAAACACAAGGAUCCGAUAGGAACUAUCACAGCUGCUCGCAGAAAUUACUGCAACCCUUUCUGUACCUUAAGUAUACCGGACUAGGUUCGGGCCUGCAUUAUUUUGUCAUUUACUGGUUGCAAUUAUGGGGAGGCGCUCUUCGCAUCCCUCUCACGCGUAAAAACACGCAUGAGAGGGAUGCUACCUUGACAGGCUACCAAGGCCACAGUCAUAGAAUUUUAAAAAGCAAUUCAGGGGAUGUUGUAUGUAUAGCGCCAGAGAGAGAACUGAAGCAACGUUAAAAAAAGAAAAAAAAUGCAAAUCAUAUUUGUCGCUGAAAAACGAAGGAGAAUUUCGGGCAAAAAAAAAUCAGUCUCGUGAAAAGCACAUGACCUGAAUGCCAAACCCGCUGCGAGCAACCGGAAAAGCAGUAAAAAUAAUUUUCUUCCCCUCCCCCUCCUGUACUCAUCACCCCUACACCAAAUAUCUAUCGUUGUUGUCCCGGCUUGAUCUAAUUAGUCCAUGGAACCGGCCAUAAUACGCGUUAAAGAGUAUAAACGAAAAUGGAAUCGAUAGGUAAACGAAGAAAAACAAAUACAACGACCUUUCCACUUGCUGUUGUUAUUAUUGGUUAUUGGGGGUGGGCACCAUCUCUAACAAGGGAGAACUAUACGAGCCAAAAGGCCGUAAUUAAGCCGAGAAAACUCUCUUGAGUCAAAGGAAUAAACAAAUAAGGGAGAAAGGUAGUUUAUUCAAAACUAGAGCAGAUAUUUAGGUUAAGAAUGCGGCUGUUCAUUCCUUAACAAAUCUUUUUUUUUACGACUGUUGCGUAACGCAAACAUAUGCACUAUUUACAGAGGCUUAUUGUUUAGCUUAGGUUACCAACGCUUACCUGUCUAUCAUGCGAACCCCAACCACCCCCAGAACAACUUUGGAACCAUUUUAGGUAUUACACCGCUGGCACAAUAUAGCCAUGUGCUUUUCAUGAGAAAGUCACGCGCCGUCUCUAUGCCUGGUAUAAAGGUUGGAAUGCUUCUGAUUAGAAUCAGUGAUCCUUUUCGUUGCUAAAAUGAAAUUCAAGCUGUGCAUUCUCUCCGUCCUUCUGGCUGCCCUCCCUGUGUUCUGUGUCGGAGCACCGGUAGCUGCACCAAAAGUUGAAAUAGCGCUGUACUACGAGUCGCUGUGUGGAGGAUGCAGGCAAUUCAUAGAGACUCAGUUCUACCCAACAUUUCAGAAGGUUGGCCAGAUCAUGGAGGUGAUCCUCGUGCCGUAUGGAAAUGCACAAGAGAGUCGCUAUGGGGAUGAAUGGCGAUUUACAUGUCAGCACGGGGAGGCAGAAUGCGUCGGUAACCUCAUCGAAACAUGCGCUAUUUCUAUCCUUCAGAAUGCAACAUCUUACUUUCCUUUCAUCCACUGUCUGGAGUCGACCAUCGCCGGAUACGAUCCAGUGUCAGCAGCAGAGCAGUGCUCAAGUCAAUUUGGCAUAGAUUUCUCCUCCAUUGACAAGUGCCGCUCGGGUGCCCAGGGAAAUGCCUUGGAGCAUGAAAUGGCUCUGAAGACCAACGCACUCAAUCCUCCCCAUUACUUCGUUCCAUGGAUUACGCUGAACGGGAAACACACCGAUGAAAUACAAAACGAGGCCACGUUUGAUCUACUAGGACUUGUGUGUGACACUUAUCAAGGCACUAAGCCUGAUGCCUGUCAAAAGAAAGAGUCUGCGCUUUCUCGCUGUUAUAGGCACGCGUAA